UACUUCAGGUCGAAGUUCACAUGUUGUAAAUCAUGAAUCAUGAUAGAUUGAAAGAAGAGGGAAAGUUGUGGUGUUUCUAGUUUUAUGUUUUUUAAUUUAAUUAUAAUUAGUUGAUAAUUGACUUGGAGAAUGUCUUUGGCGCCCAUGAUAAAAGUGGCACAAGCCAACAAAAUCUGUUCAGCCUCAGUUAUUUUUCUGCAUGGCUCAGGGGACACGGGCCAAGGGUUUUUCAAUUGGAUUAAGUUUUUAAUGGGAGACUUUGUGUCUCCUCAUAUUCAUUUUUAUUUUCCCACUGCUCCUCUGAGACCGUAUACACCACUUAAAGGAGAGGCGAGUAACGUGUGGUUUGAUAGACUCAGUAUUACACCAGAUGUGCCUGAGCAUGACGAAAGCUUAGCAGAAAUUGGGGAAGAAGUCAAAUUACUAGUAAAUAAUAUUGUCAAUAGUGGGGUUCCUUUAAACCGCAUAAUUAUAGGUGGUUUUUCAAUGGGAGGUGCUCUUGCUCUUCAUUCAGCUUUUCGGUUUACACCUGGGCUGGCCGGAGUGUUCACUCUUUCAUCGUUCCUAAAUAAAAACUCGGCUGUUUAUUCGGGGCUUAAAUCGGAAACAACGCCUUUAUACAUGGCACAUGGCGAAAGAGAUACGAUGGUGCCGAUAUCAUGGGGUAAAAAGACGUUUGAAGAACUGAGCAAACUGAAUGUUAAAGGGGAAUUUAUUCCACUGGUGUAUACGUUGCAUGAGUUGAAGACUGGGGAGCUUCAAGGGUUGUUCAAGUGGAUCAAUCAGCUACUGCCACCCUUGGAGACUGAUAGUGAAAAUUGACUCAAGAAGGGAAAGUAUUGGGUUUUAGGUGAAAGGUUUUAGGAAUGGGCAGAAAUUUUAUACAUGGUUUGACUUUUGUUUGGCAAACCCGUUUAGCAAUAAUGAAAAACAAUGUUCCUUCUACAAUAGUCUGUUCUCUUCGAACGCUAAAGUUUGUCAGCUGAAUUAUAUUUACAAGUUUUAUAUUCAAUUUUAUAGAUAUGUAUACCCAUAUAAAUUAUUAAGGACUGAAUAAAUAAACGUAGUAGAAAAA